ACGGCCAGGCCUUCCCGAGCGUGGGCGGAAAGAGCCGAAGAGGUGGGCAAGAGCCGGAACGUGCCGAGGAACCCCGAGCGGCUUCGGCAGGUAGUCCGGGGAGGUCGAGCCGAGGAGGCAACUUUGUCGGGAUCUGAGCCGGACGGUGUUGCGUUUCGGGGGCCAGCGGCGUCAUGGGAGCGUGCCUCGGGGUCUGCUCUUUGCUGAGCUGCGUGAGUGCCUUUUGCAACUUCUUUAAAUAUAUAGAUUUAUAAGAAGAAGAAGAAAAUUCUUCGAGGGGUGGGGUGGCGGAACUAAUCGUUCUCUGGGCUCUUGGGUUGGGUCAGGCGUGCCUUCGCCUCUUAUUUCUGCUUCGAUGGCUGCUUUUAGUGGAAUAAGGGCUGAGCCGCAGCCGGAUUGGGGGUUGACAGCCCAGCUCUGCUUUUCUUCGGAGACACAAGUCCCAUUUUGUUCAGCGUCUCAACUGGGCAAGCCUUUCUUUGUUCGCCUUUUAAAAAAAAAUCGCUCUCCCUUUUACGCAUUGCCUGCCCCUUCCGUCCCCACUCCCCAAAUUGUGGAUUUUAUAGUAUAUAUUUCUUGUCAUUCUAUUUAUUAUUCUGAUGAGAAUCAUAAACUCUGCCGUUUACAGACUGACGAUCACGCUCCUGUCUUUACUUCCUCUUGGAAAGCGUUUGCUCAAAGGACCGGCAGGUCUUUUGAAAUCUUGGGCAUACUCAAGCAAUGCAAUCCUGGUCGUUUAUUUCAUAAAAUUUGUGCACCACUUGGUUGGGAAAAGAAAGAAAAGAAAACCCUCAAAGCGGUUUACGAACAAGUAAAACAAGGGAAUCGAGGAAAAAUGUACAGUUGCACUUAAAAGCCCACAAAAGUUAAAAUGCUAAAAGAGAUUAAAAUUGCCUCAACUUUCUAAGCAUCUGCACAAGCUGGUCUAAACUAUCAUGGUUUUAGCAGGCAUCAGAAAUAAACAUCUCUGGCUGGGAGUAAACUCUGUAGAAUUCAAUGAGGCUUGCUCAAGAGCAAGCAGUGAGAGGAUCACAGCCACUUCUAAGCAUGUUUCCUUGGACAGAAGUCCUGUUGAAUUCAGUGGGGCUUACUGCCAGGUAAAUGGGGGUUAGGAUUGUGGCCCAAAGUUUAAUUUCUUCCAGAGACCCCGAAGGCAGCAAUGGCUACCAACCUAGAUGGCAUUCAAAGAGGACUGGACAAAUUUGUGGAGAAGGCUAUUACUGAUGGCUACUAGCCACAAUGUCUAUGCUCUGCCUUCACAGUUGAAGGCAGUAAUACUUCUGAAUACUAAAACCACAGGAGGGGAGAGUGGUUUUGUUCUCAAAUCCUGAAUGGAGGUUUCCCAUAGGCAUCUGGUUGAGAACAGGAUACUGGACUUGAUGGGUCACUGGCAGGAUCCAACGGUCUUCUUAUGUUCCUCACCUGGUAGCUGAAGAACCACACACAAGUUGUGGCUUGACUACUGCAAAUAGUUGCACAUCCAUAGUCCAUACCACCAGUUUCCUGUCUUUCUUAUUCUUGUGUUUGCUUUUUUAAAAAAGACAGUCAGACAUUUAAGUUGCUUUUAACGUUAUGGUUCUCUGUGUUAUUGUGUCUAUAAAUUUGUUCUUAGAAUUAUUUCAUGCAAGCCACAUUAUGUUAUGGGGUGGCAUGUUGUCAAUGCUGUAAAAUAAAUGUGCAGAAAGAGAACAUGCGAUCAGAUGCAAAGGAAGUUGUUUGUUUCCUUUUUUUUAAAAAAAAAAUUAAUUUAAAAUAAAUACAUUUGAGAAAACAGACAUACAUACAAGUAAACAAGCAUACAACCAGACAAACAAAUAAUGUUUCCUUUAUCCAUAUGAGUGGUGUGGAUUUUGAAGUAAAGUCUUCAAGCUUUAAGAGCCGAGAUCCACCUUAAACCAUUUCGGGAUCUUUCUGCAUCAGGUCCAUCAAAAGCUCUCCCUCCGUGUGCUUUCUGGACUAGAACUCCCAUUAUCCUUGGCCAUUGGGACAUAGCAAGCACCUUACACCGAGUCAAACCAUCUAGCUUGGUAUUGGCUACACUGACUGGCAGAGACUGUCCAGGGUUUCAGGCAGAGGGAUGUUCCAAGGUCUGCUAGGAGAUGCUGGGGAAAUUGAACCUGGGACAUUCUGUAAGCAGGGCAGCUUCUUUGCUCUAGAGAUGUAGCCCUUCCCCUGCCUUGGGCUGAUGGCAGGUGGAGUCCGCCAACAUCUGGAAGGCUGUAGGUCCCCCACCUGCACUCUAAAGAGAGGAGGAGAAUAAUGGCAUGGAUGAUAAUGAAAAAUCUUUUUGCUCCCUUGUUGCAGUUUGGGGUUUGAAUGCAAGUCUGAAAGAUUGAUGCAUGUGAAAGGUUUUGCAUCUUGCACUCUCCAAGGCUGGAUAGCUUCUUCCUCCAGGAACAACAUUUAUGUAAUAAUUGAUCUCUGGUCAUGCAGUUUGUGUGCACCUGCCUGCAAUGUUGCUGUUUUGUUUUGACCUGCCUACACCCAGGAAGGUAAAACCGGGGGUGUUGCUGGGAGGAAGCAAUAAUUCAUAAUAUAGCAAUUAGAUAGGGUUUCUUGCGUGUGUUUGCAUAUUUGGGCUGCAUUUCUAUACAUUAUUAUUAUUAUUAAUUAAAAUUCUGUACCGCUCUUCAUCUGAGGAUCAAGGGUGGUUUACAAUAUAAAAACACAAAAAUACAUAACAUAGUAACAACCAAGAACAACACCUUCCUACUUAUGUGGAGUUAGGCCAAUUGAAUUCAGUGUACCUACUUUUGAGUAGACAUAUACAGGAUUGUGCUUUUAGCAUCAGUAUUUGAGAAGCAUUUAACUCACAGGUCACUCAAAAAAAGUUGACGUUCUUCCCAAAUUGAAGAAUUUUUACUAUUGCCAGGAAUCUGGUCUUGUUAAAAUCAGAACAGGUAGUUCUCAGUCUUUCUUCUCCAUAGCCCACUUGGAAAUUGCUGAGGGUCUUGGCAGACCACUUAAUUCACUGUGUUAAAUGCUGUAUGAUUUUUUUUUUUAAUGGAUAUUUAUUGUUGCUUUUAUUUCUUAUGUGUUGUGUAUUACAGUCUGAAUUGUAAUACAUUGAAGUGCAAUAUAAGAAAUGAAAGAAGCAAUAAAAAUGCAAUGCAAAAUUUAUACGAUGGAUUGUGUGAUGGAUGUUGCAAUCUCCUGCCACAAAUCCAUCCAUGGACCACCUGAAUGAAGCUCAUCAACUACUGGUGGUCCUUGGAACUACAUGGAUCAGAUUUUAUUGAUAGUGACAGUAAUUGCAGUGUGAAACCUAUUGCAUUUUUGUAGUUCUUUGGGUGCAUGUAUGCAUGCAGUAGAGGCUGGUUUAUGUGUCCUAGGUUGUAAGUUAUUAGGGAGCGGAGAUUUUUCUAUGUUGCCCAUGCCACUCUGUUAGGCCCCAUGUAUACAAUGGCUACUGCUGCUGCUAUUAUCAUCAUUAAAUUUUUCAAUAACAAACAGCAACUUUUGUAGCUUCAGAAACAAGCUUGUGAUUGAUGCUGAUUACAUGUUGAGGAAGAUUAGCCUGGUGGCCACAGAAAAUUUCCUUUGAAGCCAACCACGUUUGUUGCAGCUUAAAUUUACCCACAAUCUAAAAUAAAAAAUGUAGAAAAUCCAUCUCUUUAGUGGUACCCAUAUUUUUUAUUUUCUCUUUUUUUGGGGGGGGGGGAUUUCCAAGCAUCCUUUUGAUAAAAAGUGUUCCCAAAGCAAGGAACGGCAAUGAAAAACAAGAUGUGGUGGGCUGGAUAUAGAUUAAGGAUGCUGCGAGUGGGGAAGGGCAAUAGUAGCUUAGUGGUAGAGCAUAUGCUUUGCAUGCAGAAGGUCCCAGGUUCAAUCCCCAGCAUCUGCAGCUGGUUCUGGCCAUAGCUGUCAACCGUCCCUUAUUUGGCGGGAAAGUCCCUUAUCCCAGCACCGUGUCCCGCUGCUGUCCCUUAUUGAUGAUGUCCCUUAAAUUUCCCGGGUUUCAAAGGAAGUAGCUCCUCUCCCUCCCUGCCUCGGCCAGAGAGGAGGAAGGCUCCAACUGUGUUGCUUGGCUGUGUUGCUCACCCAAUAAGGAGUCUAAGAACGACCAGGGGGUGGAGCUUGCAUGCCUUGUGCCAAUCAAAUCGGCUGCAUUGCCUGGGGACUUGCCUUUGCACAGCGCUUCCCAGCGGAGAGGUGACGGUGGUUUUCCUUGCUGCAUCCUCUUUGCCGGGUUGCUGCGCUGUGGGAACCACCACUUGAGGCUUCGUUCGGCUGCUGGCUGGGCUUCCUGCCUUUGGCUUGGAGGGGCUCAGAAGUUGAACAUACCUGUGCUCGCAAAAUCCCUUAUUUUGGCUGCUGAUCCCUUAUUUUCAAAUGUAAGUUGACAGCUAUGGUUCUGGCAGAAAAAAAAACUUGUCGGAAAUCCUGGAGAUCUACUGCCAGUUGGUGCACACCAGUCUAGACCUAAGCUAGUCUAGACCUAAGACCCACCUCAAACUCCCAACUGGGAACUUGUAGCCCACUUCCACAUCUUCACUUUUGAUUUACUACAUGAUGGCAUUUCACCACCUAUCACAUGCUGGCAUACUAUUCCCUCUCCCUCAAUACAAGUGAACCAAUGUUUCCUGUAUUGUUGAUCAGACUUUUGAGCCCUUUUAGUAGCUGCGUCCUCUUUUGAUUCUCGGUGGGUUUUUUGCUUCCGCUCUCCAACGAAGCUUGUGGUUGCUGUUGAGGAAGAGGGGAAGUCAACAUCACCACGGGUGCUUGUGUUUUGUUAGCACGGAAGCCUUUGCGUCGCAAGGCGAAGCCAUUUGCCUUGGGAGGCAGGUCCAACACCCUCCCUGCCCCUACCAUGGUGUUGCUGCUAGCCCUGUGGCAGCUUUGCCCAUGCCACUUCUGCUGCUGCCACAGCACCCUUGUCCUCAACACUGCACCCUCGCCGUUACGCCAGGGCGGCAACAUAGGUGCAGCCACGGGUGAGGGUGUAGCCUCAGGGGUGGGGCUGGUAGCAGUGUGGGCAUGACUCCAUGGGGGGAGCCCCCAGAUCUGCUCUGGGGUGGUGGGGAGUUUUGCCUGCAGUGGCAAAACAACUUGGACUGCCUCAUCUAACCCUUUCCACAAAUUUCACAGCCUGUGUUCUUUCUGUGUCACCAGCAACUGCCUUUUUUCUCCUACCUUCUUUCACUUUUUGUCCUCCAUCACCUAUCUUGCCUUUGUUUUUACUCCUCUCGCCUUUCACCUUCCCUCUGCCGCCUCUUUCCACCCUCUCAGUCCUUUACCUGCUUCCACUUUCUCACCUAUUCCCACAAUCCUUUCUGCCACCAGCUAUGUUGCCUCUUUCUCUCUUCUCAUGCCUUUUCCCACCUUCUCCUUAGCGCCUCAAACACUUCUACCCUUUCUUUCUUUUCACCUGCUUUCUUUCACCUGCUGGUGUUGCCUUUCUGCCUCCCUCUCACAUUCCCCUUUGGUCGGCUCACUUUCUUCCACCUUGUAUCGCCUUCGCUGCCACUUCGGUUCACCUCCCUGUGCUUUUGCCCCCUCAUUGUCUGAAAUCAAAAUCAACAGGCUUUCUGGGAAAGAUUAAACCCCCUCAGAACCUAACACAGUUCUUCAUUUUCCCUUGGUUGCAAGUUUGAAGAAACUCCUCAGAUUCUCCCAUACUGCAGUAAUAUAUAGUCAUAGUUCCAACUUGAAGAAAAAAAGUUUCGUCCGAUUAGUUUGCAAACUUUUGCCAUUUUACAAUCUUUUAAAAAAACAGCUGAACAAUGGAUCUAACAGCUCCCCAACCAGCAGAUCUUCAGAACAGGGUUAAAAAGUUUUCUGCCAACAAUUUUGGGCAGCAAAGUAUGCCUCAUUUCUUGAUGCCCGCUAGGACAGACACAUGCCUCAUCUGUAAACAAAGUGUGCUCCUUGCUUCUGAAUGAUUGUCCUGUCCUUGUACAGAAUUAAUCUUGGCUGAUAAUUCACCUAAGGGAAUUGAUUGAUUGGGUGAAAAGCUUAAAUAGGACCAGUUUAUGCAGAAGAAUAGCAAUGAACCAGUGUUAUUAAGCAGCCGAAUUGGAAACAAGCAAACAGAUAAAACCAGAGGAAACUUGUAAAAAAAUAGUUUAAAUAGGCCAAAAUAUUGAACCCCAAUGAAAUGUGGUGUGUAACUAAUUGUUGUCGUCUCCCUGUCCCGCAAUAGGGCCUUCGUAUCUCAAGUGGCUAUCAAUCUGAUAUUUGGCCAGUUCAGAUUAUCUAUGUGAAUGCAGCAACUUCUAAGUAAAAUGUUUGAGGCUGCAUUCUAUAGCUACUCGGGAGAAGGCCUAUUUGAAGCUUUACUUGUAGGAGUAGCAGAAACUGCCUUUAUAGCAAGCCAGGCCAUCAUUCCAUCCAGCUUGAUGUUGUUGAACACCAGCUCUCAUCAUCCCUGACUGCUGGGCAUCCUAGCUGGGGCUGAUCGGUCUCCAACAGCAUUUGGAGGGCACCAGGUUGGGGGCACUGGUGUAGCCUGAUGGGUUGCAGUUCUUCAAGGGUCAGGACAGGGGUCCCUCCCUACCCUGCCCUGGAGAUGCCUGGAACUGAACCCAGAGCCAGACAAAGUUCCUGGUGGAAUUCACUUUCCGGUAAGGAGACACACGUUUGGUAGUACUUUCAAGUCUAUGUGUGUGUAGUGUAAUAGAUGUAGGUAAAAUGAAUAAACUUUAGGAUAUUGAUUAAUUGAGACAUGGAUUAAAGUGCAGAACUGUGCCAAACAGGGAAUUCAGGAAAUUCCUAGGCUGGCUUAUGCAAACCAGCAUGGCCAAGCUAGGACCAUUAAGGGAACAAUGAUGGGCUGUAGAGGAGAGGAAUCUUGAGGGGGGGGUUUUGAGAUACAGUGGUGCCCCGCAAGACGAAUGCCUCGCAAGACGGAAAACUCGCUAGACGAAAGAGUUUUCCGUUUUGGAGGUGCCUCGCAAAACGAAUCUGCUAUGGGCUUGCUUCGCAAGACGAAAAUGUCGUGCGAGUUCCGGGGUUUUUUUUUUCCAUUCCCCCCUCUUUUUCUAAGUCGCUAAGCCGCUUAUCUGCUUAUCCGAUAAGCUGAUAAGCUGCUAAAAGCCGCUAAAAGCCGCUAAAAGCCGCUAAAAGCCGCUAAAAGCCGCUAAUAGCGCUAAUAGCGCUAAUCCGCUAAUCCCAUCAAUGGGCUUGCUUCGCAAGACGAAAAAACCGCUAGACGAAGAGACUCCCAGAACGGAUUCUUUUCGUCUUGCGAGGCACCACUGUAUUACCAAGGGGAUGGGGUAUGUGCUUGAGGGGACAGGAAAAGGGAGUUUGGAAGCAGGAUCUUCUGGGAGUCAGAAGGAGGAAGUGAGGGUGAGAUCCAUCUUUGGAGUGGACUGGCUGCAGGCAGCUUACGCUGCUGCCUCUUGGGACGACUAUGGCGUAAGAUCUGGACCCGCUCCAUGCAGGCUGAAGGUGUAAAUAGGUGAAUAAACCAUAUUUCUUAAAGCACAGCAGUCUCUGCCGUGUCUUCCAUUCUCCAAACAGACACAGACCCUAUGUGUGUGCCUGUGACCACAUGCACUCUUGCCACUGCUUGGCAGAGAGAGAGGCUGUCUUUUGUAACAGUAUUAUAUUUGAGGACAGCUGUGAAGCCUUACCUGUGUGUGCCUACUCAGAAGGGCCUCUGGGUGCUGUGGGGCUUUCUCUUUAGUAAUUUUGUACCUACAGCAUCGUGAACUUAGUCAUGCAAUGCAUGACAGAAUAGCUUGAAAAUGUGGAGCAACCUGUGAAGUUUCUGUAAUGAGCAACUGUGCUGAGACACUGAAACUUCUGAACAAAGGAGGGUGUGUCCCUUGUAUAUUUUCCUCCUAGGCCCCCUAUAUUUCUGCACUAUUAAAUAUCCAUUUGCAAGAAUGCACCAGCUGUUUUUGAGAGAAAAUAGAAAAUAGUGAUGUGUGUGUGUUUGAGGAAGCACCCGACCCAGGAAAAGGUGGGUGGACAGUCUCUGACAAAUGGUCUAACUUUCAUGAUGUUGGAUUGUGAUGUGUCAUUUGGGGUUGGGUAAUAGUUAAUAGAACCGGGGCAAUGUUUUGCAACGACUGCUUUGCAGUUGAAAGCUGCCUUCCACCUAUGACAACAUCAUGAACUUCAAAUCCUCGUUAUUAUUAAAUUCUAAUAUUUCUUUAUUAAAAAGCAUCAAUACCCACACUUUUCUGUAGUGUGGCCCAGGUGGCUAACAACAAUGGCUUUAAGCCACGGGUAGGCAAACUAAGGCCCUGGGGCUGGAUCCGGCUCAAUCGCCUUCUCAAUCCAGCCCAUGGAUGGUUCAGGAAUCAGCGUGUUUUUACAUGAGAAGAAUAUGUCCUUUUAUUUAAAAUGCAUCUCUGGGUUAUUUGUGGGGCAUAGGAAUUCGUUCAUAUUUUUUCCCCAAAAUAUAGUCCACCCCCCGACAAGGUCUGAGGGACAGUGGACCGGCCCUCUGCUUGAAAAAGUUUGCUGACCCCUGCUUUAAGCAAUAACUCAACAAUAUUCAGAGCAGUUUUGAUAAUGGCAGUAGCAAAGUCAAAAGCAGAGCUUUCCAAACUUUCCAUGUCUUUGACAUACUUUUUAGACAUGCAUCAUUUCACGACACAGUAAUUCAGUUUUACAUCAUUUUGCGACACAGUAAUUCAGUUUUACUUGUAAACCAGAGGUUAAACUAACCCCUUUCCAGCCCUGGGAGGAGCGCAGGGAAUGUUGGUGUGACACACCUACACACUGCAGCUGAUACACUAACAUGUCGCGACACACAGUUUGGAAAGCUCCGGUCAAAAGACACCCAUACAGAAGAAGGGGGACACACAAAGAACCAUUAGAAACCAUUUGAUUGGUUCUGAAUGUUUCCAGAAGAAAAAUCCCCCAAAUUGGGAUCAGAUUAUGGGUUGCUAAUAAAUCAGAGUAACUGAUUUUGUCAAAUUGGAAGAUGCAUUGUCUGGUGGUGUUGGCAGUGAAUGGUGUAUUGUGUAUGCACAUUUAAGUGGUCAGGUUUUCCAGAAAUAAUAGGAAAGGGCUCCUUUUCCUAGCACUGCUUUCAUGUUUAGAGGGAAAUUUGGCUGUCUUGAUCACUCAGUGUGGAAAACUACUGGAGUUUUGCAUGGCUUAUCUUUUGGAAGUUACUAUUUAACUUGGUAUAUUUAUGGAGCAAUCAUAGUGGCAUAUAAGCCAGACGGGGGAAUCUGGCACUGCUAUGCCAUAUUCUCCUUAAUACACCAUAUUUGAUGCUUGUGCAGCCUUGUUGGGGAAGGGGAAAAACGCACAAGCAGAAAACCCCAAAGGUUGUAAAAAUCACACACAUGUGUACAGCAUCCAGAUGUAAAAAUACAUGCCUACAGCAUCCCUGGAGAUGACACCUGAUUUUGCCAGUGCCCAUCAGUCAACAGUGCUGGUUGGGGCUGAUGGGAGUUGUAGUGUAAAACAUCUGGAGGGGCACCAGGUGGAUGAAAGCUGCUAUACAGAAUGUCCUAGAUAAGGAGCUGAGAUUCAUGCAGGAAAAUAUAUUACCCGAUGUUAUAAGCCAUUACUUAUAUCCACACUGUGUAAAACUAACUAACUAACUAACUAACUAACUAACUAACUCCAAACACCAUGAAUGUAAGAGCACUAUUAGGAAAUCUAUGAAUACAGCUUCUCAUAAAAGAAUGAGUGGACAGAUUGUAGCCUCAACAGUCUUAAUAAUAUCUACACCAGGGGUGGCCAACCUGAUACCCUCUUGUCCUGUGUCAGAGGCUGCAAAUGCUACUAUCUAUCAGGGUGGGGUUUUGGAAGAGGAACCAAUGAUCUGCCAUCUUGUUUUCCCCUCACUGUAGUUGUUAUGGCACCCCAGAUUCCCUGGGUCCUGUGCCAUGUGGGGAAGGGAGUUCCUGGCUGCACUGGAUGUCCUCUUCUGUUCGCCCACUCUUGCCUUUAGAUCACCACCAGGUGAUUUUAUUUUUCUACAAGUCCACCUUCCACCUAUCGGCCUAAAAUUCCCUUUGCAUCACCUCAUAGAAUCAUAGAAUCAUAGAGUUGGAAGAGACCACAAGGGCCAUCGAGUCCAACCCCCUGCGAAGCAGGAAACACCAUCAGAGCACUCCUGACAUAUGGUUGUCAAGCCUCUGCUUAAAGACCUCCAAAGAAGGAGACUCCACCACACUCCUUGGCAGCAAAUUCCACUGUCGAACAGCUCUUACUGUCAGGAAGUUCUUCCUAAUGUUUAGGUGGAAUCUUCUUUCUUGUAGUUUGGAUCCAUUACCUUGAGAACGGCUCAAAGAUAGCGUAGGACUUAGAGUUUUCAAUGUGGAUUAAGGGAGACCAUAAAGUUUUUAAUGAAAUGACAUUAAAAGUUGACUUAGAAAGAAAAAAAUGUAGUUCGUAAAGGGGAAAAAAGAGAACAUUUGGUCCAGGAACAGUUACAGGCACACAAUAAAUGUCCCAAAGGAGCAAAAGGACAAAGAAAGGAAAGCUAAAAAGCGACCUGCUUUCCCUCUCAAGUCACAAACGUUUCCAUUGUAUCCUGAGAUACAAUCUUGCUCUGAAACCUGAAGCUGACUGACCAGUAAUCUGAAGUUACUGGCUAGAUAUAACCUCUUUCCCAACAACAGCCAUGGUCUAUGUGCCUCCUGUCUCAAUGUUUCUGGCACCCUCCUCUGUGUGUGUGUGUGUGUGUGUGUGUGUGAGAGAGAGAGAGAGAGAGAGAGAGAGACAGAGAGAGAGAGACAGAGAGAGAGAGAGAGAGAGAGAGAGAGAAUCAGUGUGGGGACUCAGCCAUGAAAUUUGCUGGGUUACCUUGGGGCAGUCACAGUCUCUCAAGCCCAACCUACCUCACAGGGUUGUUGUGAGUAUAAAAAUGGGGAGGAGGAGAACCAUGUAUGUCACCUUGAGCUCUUUGGAGGAAAAGGUGGGGUAUAAAUGUAAUAAUAAACAAUAAAUCUUUGCCCUGUUGUGGAUAUUCAUUGCUGUUCUUUCACUGCCAGGUGUCAUGUCUUUGUGGUUCUGCUCCUUGCCUCUUGUGCGGCUGUUGCCCCUCAACAAAGAACUCCACCAUCACACGCCUGAGCUUCACCUUGUUCCUGUUCCUGGGAACGUUGGUGUCUAUUAUCAUGAUCAUCCCUGGAGUAGAAGCAGAACUCUACAAGGUAAGGAAAUGUGUUUCAUCGGGGUGGCUAACUUGCAGCCCCUACAGAUGUUGCUAAACUACACCUCUCGUUUUAUUUGUAUGCUGCUUUUCCACAGUUAAAACCACGCUCAAGUCUUUGGUAGCUGGAGUAAGUCAGGGUCCUGUCUUCCCAGGCCAGGUGGGAAAAGUCCAGCAAAGCAGGGAGCAGGUAUUACAGAACUCACAGCCAAGAUGGUCUGUUAAGGCCAGGAUCUUUGCACUCAUUCUUUUAUAAGAAGCUGUUGUUGUUUAGUCAUUUAGUUGUGUCCGACUCUUCAUGACCCCAUGGACCAGAGCACGCCAGGCACUCCUGUCUUCCACUGCUUCCCGCAGUUUGGUCAAACUCAUGCUGGUAGCUUCGAGAACACUGUCCAACCAUCUCGUCCUCUGUCGUCCCCUUCUCCUUGUGCCCUCCAUCUUUCCCAGCAUCAGGGUCUUUUCCAGGGUAUAAUAAGCUAUAUUAUUAUUAUUGUUAUUAAAAUUUGUAUACUGCUCUUCAUCCAAAGGUCGCAGGGCAGUUUACAACAACAAAAUACAGAAUGAGAACACAAAAUACACAACAACAACAACAACAACAACAACGAAAAGAAUACAUCAGACGAAGCCAGGGCUCUAGACAUUUUUUGUUGCCUGAGGCAAAGGACAAAAAUGGCACCCUCCCUUUCCACACAUGGAAUCAAACUGAUCUGGCAAUGGGAGACAGCAGGAUAGCUUAGGGGGUGCAGAGGGAAUGGGGGGACGACUGCUGCCUCACUCCCAAGAAUCUGCUGCUCUCACUCUGCCUAGUAGUACUAGGGCCAGCCUUGGCACCAGUUCAGAAAAUGGUUGGCAUGAUGGGAAUUGUAGUCUGGCAACUUCUAGAGGGCCUCAGGUUCUCUGUGCCUGUUUUAGAAGUACUGUACCAAGACUGACAUUAAGUGGUUUAGUUUCCUUCUGAUGAAAGGGUGUUCUGGAAAUGUAGAGUGUUUUGGAAAAAAUAAAUAAUUUUAUUUCCAAAUAUGCAAGCAGAGCAUAAGUGGAGGCAAACAGGCACUCCUGCUGCAAGGGAGCAGUUCUGCUAGGCAUGUACCAAAAUUAAACCUAUUAUUUAUGUGUGCCCUUUAUCAGAUUCCUGGUUUCUGUGAUGAAGGCAAUACAGUGUUAGGUGUCCACGGUAAAGUCGCCUGCAAGUCCUUCCUGGGUCACAAAUCGGUAUACCGCAUGUGCUUUGCCACAGCUGCCUUCUUCUUCCUGUUUGCCUUGAUAAUGAUCUGCGUGAGGAGCAGCAAGGACCCAAGAGCCUCAAUACAGAAUGGGUGAGGAACAUAUUUGUAUCUAUGGUGGGAAUGUCCAAAAGCCAAAGCCUUCUGGGGUACAGUCUUUUGAGAAAUCUGAUCUAUCAUAAAGUGUUGUAUUUUACCCUCACCAUAACCAGCACUCCUUAAUCUUCUUAUGGAAGGUGAUAUUCUAUAGUUUAUAGUAGGGAGCUAGUUGGACACUAUUGGCUGUUUCAUGACUCAUGAUUGCAAGGUUUUGGAGGGAUAUGGCUGGAGCUGAUUUGAAUUAUUGGUACAGAAAGGAAUGGGAUAUUGUAGUGUUGGAAAAGUUAAUGUUGAAAUUAACAGUACUUGGACCUAAUAAUAUUAUUCUAAAUGGAGCAGUGAAAUGUAUGUUGCCAGUCCCCUUUGAGAAGUCUAGUCAAAAAGCUGGAUAAAAAGGUAAAGGGACCCCUGACCAUUAAGUCCAGUCACAGAUGACUCUGGGGUUGUGGCACUCAUCUCGCUUUAUUGGCCAAGGGAGCCGGCGUACAGCUUCUGGGUCAUGUGGCCAGCAUGACUAAGCCGCUUCUGGUGAACCAGAGCAGUGCAUGGAAACACUGUUUACCUUCCCUCCAGAGUGGUACCUAUUUAUCUACUUGCACUUUGACGUGCUUUCGAACUGCUAGGCUGGCAGAAGCAGGGACUGAGCAACGGGAGCUCACCCCUAGUCGUGGGGAUUCAAACCGCCGACCUUCUGAUCGGCAAGCCCUAGGCUCUGUGGUUUAGACCACAGCGCCACCCACAUCCCUUAAAAAAAGCUGGAUACUGAUCUAUUAAACAAAUAAAGGCAGGGCUUUUGUCUUCUGAAGUUGACCUUCGUUUGUUCAAAACCAGCAGGUCAGUUUCACUUGUGUAUUGUUAGCAUUAUUAUUAUUAUUUUUGGAGGGUCAUGACAGAUGAUAAUAGUUUGACCCAGCUUCUUUCCAUGGGCAUUGGGCCAUUUUUUAAAAAAUUGCCUUUCUUCUAUGAAACUCACCAGGCAGAUUUUAUUCAUCUGUACUCAGAACUAAGUCCCAUUGAGUAGUUCUAGGUAGGAUGGUACAGCUGCAAGAUUUUGCAGGUGACUUCUCGACCAUCUCACGGAACAGACCCAGAUGUGAUAAUAAUAAUAAUAAUAAUAAUAAUAAUAAUUUAUUAUUUAUACCCCGCCCAUCUGGCUGGGCUUCCCCAGCCACUCUGGGCAGCUUCCCAAAAAAUAUUAAAAUACUGUAAUACAUCAAACAUUAAAAGCUUCCCUAAACAGGGCUGCCUUCAGAUGUCUUCUAAAAGUCUGGUAGUUGUUGUUUUCUUUGACAUCUGGUGGGAGGGCGUUCCACAGGGAAGGCGCCACUACCGAGAAGGCCCUCUGCCUGGUUCCCUGUAAGUUGGCUUCUCGCAGUGAGGGAACUGCCAGAAGGCCCUCGGUGCUGGACCUCAGUGUUACCUUCAGCAAGGUUGCUGUGCAUCACAUGCCCCCCCAACUCUUAAAAACUUUUAGUUAAGCCUUCACUCCAGCCUGAUGGCCUCCAGCUGUUGUUGAACUCCUACUCCCAUCAUCCCUGACCAUUGGCCAAUCUGGCUGAGUCAGAUGGGAGUUGACGUCCAGCGUCAUUUUCCAGGCACAAGGUUGGGAAAGCUGUUCUAGUUCCUCCUUCCUGCUUUGCAUACAUCAUAGAGCAGCAGUGCUUCAGACGCAGAGCCUGUAGGCCAAGACUUACGUAACUCCGCAUUAGCCAAUGUUAAAUGCCUUCAUACCUUUCCUGAAAUAGGACCAAGCAAGAUAUAAAUAAACCCUGCUUUAAAAUCCUCACUCAAAAUAAUGCACCCUACCUUUUGACAAGGGUUUCUCUGCCUGCGCCCCACAAAGCUCCAACUUUCCUGGAUAAUUUUUGAGUUCUAGUGUUCUUAGGGCUUCUAAAGCAAGAUUGCUGAGGCUGCGACAGCUGAUGUUUAAAUAUUUCCCAACUGCAACUUAUCGUGAGUUGUGUGACUACUGUCUUCUGGUUGGAAAUAGCAACUCUGUUUUCUGAUGGGGGAGUGCAGGAAGCUGCCUUGUCCUGAGUCAUACCAUUGGGUCAUCUGGUUCAGUAUUGUCCACACUGACUGGCAGCAGCUCUCCAGGGUUUUGGACAGGGUUUCCCUCCCAACACUACCUGGAGAAGCCGGGGAAUGAACCUGGGGCCUUCCGCAUGCAAAACAGAUGUUCUGCCCCUGAGGUAUAGUUCUUCUGUUUCUCUUUGAGCCUCAUAUUCACCUGUAGCCUCUUAGCUUACUUAUUUAUUCCUGCAAUGUAUUCUUUGCUUUUUGUGGCCAAGCCCUCACAAAGUGAUGUACAGAGAGAAAUGGAGAACAGCAGACCCUCAAGACCCUUGAAGCAUGAGCGGAUGUAGAAAAAUAGAUGCAUGAGGGAUAUCAAACAGGGGUCACCAAACACCAUGGUGGGGUUUUUUUUGCAUACGGGUCUGAUAAUGUUGGGACGCGGGUGGCGCUGUGGGUUAAACCAGAGCCUAGGACUUGCCGAUCAGAAGGUCGGCGGUUCAAAUCCCCACGACGGGGUGAGCUCCCGUUGCUCGGUCCCUGCUCCUGCCAAUCUAGCAGUUGGAAAGCACGUCAGAGUGCAAGUAGAUAAAUAGGUACCGCUCUGGCGGGAAGGUAAAUGGCAUUUCCAUGCGCUGCUCUGGUUCUCCAGAAGCGGCUUAGUCAUGCUGGCCACAUGACCCGGAAGCUGUACGCCGGCUCCCUUGGCCAAUAAAGCGAGAUGAGCACCGCAACCCCAGAGUCGGCCACGACUGGACGUAACGGUCAGGGGUCCCUUUACCUUUACCAGAUAAUGUUUCUUGUGGCAGUGCGCAGGUUAAUAGCCAAAUUUUAGGAACAAGAUGAAAGAACCAAAUAUUGAGCACUGGUAUGCACUGGUUUGGGACGUUGCAUUCUAGGAAAAAAGCUUACUGAAGGAGGAGCCACAGAGUGAGAAGAGAUGGGUGUUUUCUCUGAAAUGUGACCCUUCUUUAUUGACUUCAUAAAAGAAGGUUAGCUGUCAUAAGACACUCUCCAAAUACGACUGAGUCACUGUGGAGGGACACAGUCAUAUAAAGCCUAAGAUGUACAGAGUUUUGGUAGGGCAGUUAUAACUGUGAUGUCUCUUCUCAAUUCCUGCAGGUUGUGCUUUUAUUGAAUGUGUUCCUGGUAAUGUGUGUAUGUUUUAAAAGGUAUAUUUUAAAAGGCAGUUGUGGGGAAAAGAAUCAAGGCCAUUUUGAAUGCCAGAACUGAAGGGGCCAAAUAAAUAUUAAAUGGAAGAACUCCACAACUGCAGGGUUACUACAAAGAAGACCUGUCUCUUAUGCUUGCCAAUAGAUUUUGUCAGUAAGCGGACAUGGAUUACCUGAGACACAGGUCUUGGAUUAUGGGCAGGGUUGUAUGGUUGGUCCUUGAGGUAACCCAGUCCCAAAUUGCUAAGGGCUUUAAAGGUGAACCCCACUGGUUGGAAUCAAGCUCAGAAUUGAACUGCUGGCUAAUGCAAGUGACAGAAAAGUUGUGUUGCAUACCCAGAACUUCUGUCUCUCAUUAACGUCCGAGCAGCUGCACUUACGUUUUGUUGGAGCAAAACAAACGCUGCUAAAGAGGACUUUCUAGGACUCCUCUGUUUGUUUUUAAAAUGUCUUUUCUCCUCUUCUCAACUCCAGGUUUUGGUUCUUCAAAUUCCUGAUACUAAUUGGAAUAACAGUGGGGGCCUUCUAUAUUCCUGAUGGACCGUUCACAUCUGGUAAACAAAACCUUGCAUUUGCAUUCCUGACUUGCAAAGGGGCUGUGAUGUACAGUAGCUUUUGUGUGUGUGCUGCUCUACAUAAGGUGGGGUUGGAUACUUUCUGUCCUGUGAAAGCUAAGAAGAAGGGUAGUCAGAGCCAUUCUUUGUCCCGUCCCCCUCAUACAUCAGUGCCUCAGGAUGGGAAGUAGUAGCUGUACCUUCUCUGCUGGGUGGCUUUGAGCCAUCCACCAUUUUAAUUUCCACCAGGCAAUGCUACAUCUGGGGCAUUGUGGGUAAUUAAAAUGGCAGGCAGCUCGCAAGCUCAGCUGCCUGGUGCAAGUUGCUCAGAGCUGUGUCAAAGGUGAGUCCUGCUGAGUCUUUAGAAGCAGUGUGAAUAGAAGGGAACAGAUGCUUUCCAUUCUUGGUUUUUUAAAGCACUCUCUCUAAUCCUCUUUAGCUUCUGAGCUUUCAGCAAAGAGUCCUGCAAUAUUAUUAUUGUUUUCUUCCACGAACCACCUGGGGGUAGCGAUACUCUUAUUGCUGACAGUGGGUUGUACUCAAUAUUUAUUCGGCUCAGAGCAGACACAUCAAAAUCAAAGGAUGCAACUAACAAGCUCUUUGAUUUUAAUGGGUCUACUCUGAAUAGGAUUAAUGGUGGAUACUGGGAGGAGUCCUUUGCUGGAUCCCAAAUGACACACAGCUGGCACGCAAGAGUAUUCACAGUCUCCAUUUCCUUCUGAGUAGUGAACAACAGCGGAAGAACUGAUUCCUUGCUUCCUCUUCAUGAUUGAUUGCACUCUUAUAAUAGCUGCUAGAAGGGCUUGAGAGAUUCUAGGGUGGAUCAUCCACAUCAGUUAAGAAGCUGUGGAUCAGGAAAUUCAGGAUUUGAACCUUACUUCUGGCCUUAGGCAAGGUUCUAUCUUGUCUGUCUGUCUGUCUGCCUCUCUCUUUCUCUCUCUCGCAUGAGACUGGGACCCAGCACAGAUGGGUCUCUUGGCCUUUCCCCUAAUUCUUCACCAAGGCUUUAUCCAUUACAAAACAUCUUUUUCUGGUUCUGUAGACCUGCUGUAAGAACACAAUAAGAGCCCUGCUGGAUGUAGCCAAGGGCCUAUCAUCCAGCGCCCUGUUCUCACAGUUCUGAGCUAUUUUUAAGGAAAUUCACCAAAAUCUAUACUACUGACAUACGAAUCCCAGCUAUGUCCGGGAAAUUACAGACGUACGGGAACCCUAAUACAAUUUUUACAUCCCCAAAGGAUACCUGUUUAAAACUCCAUAUCGGCAGCUUGUGGCUAAUAAACAAUAACCCAUAUUUCCUUCUUUCUCUCCCCACCUCUGCUUUAUACUUUUCCUCUCUCAAAUAAGUUUGGUUCUACUUUGGUGUAGUCGGCUCUUUCCUCUUCAUCCUCAUCCAGCUUAUCCUCUUGAUUGACUUUGCACAUUCCUGGAGUCAGAUUUGGCUGCACAAUGCGGAUAAUGGCAACUCGAAAUGCUGGUAUGCAGGUCAGUAUGGAACACUUAUUUACAUGUGUGUAAAAUUGAUGUGCUCUGUGUGUGGGUUCAGACAAGCGGGUUCCUUGGUGGGCAUCAAGGGGAGCAUCUGAGAAGAUUGUGGUGCCCACGUGUACCACCACUGAAGGCUCCAAGAACAGACUGUUGCUGGGUUCUCCACCCCCCACCACUUUGUGUUAAGUUUAUAUGUUGGGUCUCUCCUAUUUCAUAUUUUCCUAAUGAUGUCAUCACGCUGCAGUUUGUGUAGACACUGACAGAUGGCGCUGUGAACUACAGCAUGAUAGCAGACUGGGUUCUCAGAGCUCCUGGACCACCGCAGCAGUGUUGGAGGGCAAGGAGGAGGGAACUGGGAGUGGGCAAGCUGAGAUUUGGUCUGAGAGGAGGGGUGAAUCUGGCAAGGGUUGGUGAGUGAAGUAUGCAGGGGUCGAGCCCCUAGUAUGCUAUAUUUUUCUAUUAGUGCUGUAUUUUUCUGCUCUCUUAGCUACUCCAAGAACAUAAAUAUAUGUCAAACAGUGCAGGGUAUAAACUGUAUAUUGGUUCUAAUUAGUCUCUGUGAAUCCUCCUCUUUCAAUAAUUUCUUUUAGUUAUAAUCAAACUUAGUGGGAAUAAUAAUAAUGAUAAUAUAUUAUUUAUACCCCGCCCAUCUGGCUGGGUUUACCCAGCCACUCUGGGCGGCUUGCAACAGAAUAUUAAAAUACAAUAGUCUAUUAAACAUUAAAAGCUUCCCUAAACAGGGCUGCCUUCAGGUGUCUUCUAAAAGUCUCAUAGUUGUUUUUCUCUUUGACAUCUGGUGGGAGGGCGUUCCUUAGGGCGGGUGCCACUACCGAGAAGGCCCUGUAACUUGGCUUCUUGCAGGGAGGGAACCGCCAGAAGGCCCUUGGCACUGGACCUCGGUGUCCAGGCAGAACGAUGGGGGUGGAGAUGCUCCUUCAGGUAUACUGGACCGAGGGUAUAAUCAGACCCACCAAGAACCCCUCCCAAACAUGUUGAGUGUAACAAGAUCCUAACCUGAUUUCUAUUUUAAGUGCCAUGUUUUCCCCUCCUUCAUUUUGUUAUCCCUCCCCUCACUUUUUUAAAACUAAAAAGCAACGCACAGACUGUCCUACUGCAAACAGAUAAGCUCCCACUCCAUUCCAUUGCAUUGGGAGAGACUUUGGAUCAGGGCAAGGAACCAGCAUGGCUUUGUUUUAAAAUCUGGUUCCUCUGAGCAUCUUGCAAGCAUCCCUCUUUCUGCAGGGAUGGGGAAUCUGUUGCCCUCAAGAUGCCAUUGGGCUGCAGCUCCUACCGUCACUGACCAUUGGCAACCCUGUCUGAGGCUGAUGGGAGUUGGGAGUCUGGUGCAAUCUGGAGGAUUGUGCAUGACUGCUACACCUGUCCAUAUGCACACUUACUUGGAAACACCCACUGAACUCAUUGAACUUAAUUCUGAGCAGAUGUGCAUUUGAUGGUGCCAUUAGUAUUGGCUCAAAGAGAACUUGCAAAAACAGCAGACGCAAUGGAGAAAAGUUCUGGGAAAUGAAAGGAUUGGAUGGUGCAGGUCAAUUCUGUGUCCAGGGCAGCUGUCUACCAGCUCCAUCUGGUAGGCAGGCUGAGACCCUACCUGCCCACAGACUGUCUCGCCAGAGUGGUGAUUGCUCUGGUUAUCUCUCGCUUGGACUACUGCAAUGUGCUCUAUGUGGGGCUACCUUUGAAAGUGACCCAGAAUGCAGCAGCUAGACUGGUGACUGGGAGCGGUCGCUGAGACCAUAUAACACUGGUCUUGAAAGACCUACACUGGCUCCCAGUACGUUUCCAAGCACAAUUCAAAGUGUUGGUGCUGACCUUUAAAGCCCUAAAUGGCCUCGGCCCAGUAUGCCUGAAGGAGCAUCUCCACCCCCAUCGUUCAGCCUGGACACUGAAGUCCAGCUCCGAGGGCCUUCUGACGGUUUCCUCACUGCGAGAAGUGAGGACAGGAGAACCAGGCCGAGGGUCUUUUCAGUAGUGGCACCUGCCCUGUGGAAUACUCUUGCAUCAGAUGUCAAGGAAAUAAACAACUAUCUGACUUUUCGAAGGCAUCUGAAGGCAACCCUGUUUAGGGACGUUUUUAAUGUUUGAUGUUUCAUUGUGUUUUUAAUAUUCUGUUGGGAGCAGCCCAGGGUGGCUGCGCAAACCCAGCCAGGUGGGUGGGAAAGAAAGAAAGAAAGAAAGAAAGAAAGAAAGAAAGAAAGAAAGAAAGAAAUAAAGAAAUAAAUAUUUUCGAAUGUGGAGGGUGGGAUUUGUGGCCUUCCAAAUGUGGUUGGACUACACCUUCCCCAUUAUUCUGGACCAUCAGCCAUGCUACAGCUGCAGCUGACAGAGGUUCUAGUCCAACAGUGGGUGGAAGUCCACUUUUCCCCUGGCUUACUGGCGAGCUGUGUAUCGACAUCUCCCCUGCUUUCUUUUCUCAGCCCUCUUCAUCUUCACGUUCCUCUUCUACGCUGUCUCCAUUGCUGCGGUGGUGCUGCUCUAUGUGUAUUACACAAAGGCAGACGGUUGUACAGAAAACAAGGCGCUCAUCAGCCUUAACCUCAUCUUCUGUGUGAUUGUGUCCGUGGUUUCCAUCCUGCCCAAGGUCCAGGUAAGAUGCUGUAUUGAGAAUCCAAGGCUACUCACUGAUGAACUUUGUGGAGCUCUCCCAGGUCCUGGUCUGGCAUUCUAACCAUGACACCACAUUUCCUGACAUUAAUUCUAUUAACUUGGGCCACCUUUGGAGCAAAGCUCACACUAGGUGGCUUGUGUAUCAGAAAGAUGCAACACAAUGUCUUGAAGGCCUAAGUCAGGCAUCCCCAAACUCGGCCCUUCAGAUGUUUUGGGACUACAAUUCCCAUCAUCCCUGACCACUGGUCCUAUUAGCUAGGGAUGAUGGGAGUUGUAGUUCCAAAACACAUCUGGAGGGUCGAGUUUGGGGAUGUCUGGCCUAAGUAGGCAUGACUUGAGAUGUGUCUCUGCAUUUGAAACUCUCUCUCUCUCUCUCUCUCUCUCUCUCUCUCUCACUCACACACACACACACACACACACAGAGAGAGAGAGAGAGAGAGAGAGGGUAUCAACUGGGGUGUGCACAUACUGCUAAUUAAAAUGAUCAGAACAGCCAUGGACAGGGAAUUUAACCUUUUCUUCCCCUGCCGAAGUCCUGAGGCUCUGCUCCACCCUGCCCAAAAAGCUAGUAUUUAAAAUACACACACACACACACUUGGGUGCUAGGGGACGAAAGAAUUAAGUUAUGUUUUUCUCUUUAUAUUUUUAAAAGCCCUAGCUGAUGCAGUUUUAUUUUAAAGACCACAGCAGCUCCCCUGUGUGUUGAAUGCAAAGAAGCAUUUAACACCGUGCCUCGUUCAGCCCUGAUUUUUGCACCAAAUAUUCUUCGGUACUUUAAACAGGUGCUGUUCCUCUUCCUCUACAGGAUGCCCAGCCUCACUCAGGGCUGCUGCAAGCCUCCAUCAUUACACUCUAUACUAUGUUCAUCACCUGGUCGGCCUUGGCAAAUGUCCCAAGUAAGUAGCACUUUUCCAACCAUGAACUAUUUCCUUUACUUUUAUUCUUAAUUCUGUGUAUCCUGGUUUUUGUUUGCUUUUGUUUUUUUAAGGAAAAAACCAUUGGGAGGAAAAGAUCCAAAAGGGUUUACAAGCAAAUUAAAACCAUAGUAAAACAGAGUUCACAGAGAAAAAUGAAAAUGCCAUAUAAGAGCCUUCCCCAACCUGCUCUUGCUGGACUACAAUUCCCAUCACCACUGGAUAUUUUGAUCAGGGCUGAUGGAAGUUGUAGUCCAAUAAUAUAAGGAAAACACCAAAUAGGGAAAGCCGCUAUAAGAAGACAGUUCUAAAUUCAGUGGAAGGCUUGGACUUUUUUUUUCUAAAAGCCCUAAGACUAAUUGAACUAAGUUCUAGGCACAAUCUCCAAUUAAGGAGCCACCACUGAAAAGGCUCUUUCCUUUUCAGCCUGAUCUUUAAGCAUGCCUGCGGUUGUGUACACACCACCGUAAAUGUACAUUUGGGUAACACAGAUCUGAUUUUCCUGUGUGCAUUUCCGUGCAUAUUUGUGUGCAAACUUGCACUUACUUCUUCAUGCAGUGCAUCGUUAAACUAUGGAACUCGCUCCUGCAGGAGGUGGUGGUAGUCACCAACUGAGAUGGCUUUAAAAGAUGAUUGGACAAAUUCAUGCAGGAGAGGGCUACAGAUGGCUACUAGCCAUGAUGACUAUGCUCUGCCUCCACAGUUGGAGGCAGUCAUGCUUCUAAAUACUGCUUUCUGGAAACCACAGGAGGGGAGAGUGCUCUUGUGGUCAGAUCCUGCUUGCAUGUUUCCCAUUAGGGUAUCUGGCUGUCCACUAUGAGAACAGGAUUCUGGCUGGCCUGACCCAGCAGACUCUUCUCAUGUGCUCAAUAAACACACAAGACGUAACCGGCUGUAUUUUUGAAUAAAUAAGGUAUACUAUUCAUUGUAUCAAAUUGUAGAUUUCAACGGAAGUUCCACUGAAUCCUUUCACACAGUCUAAGACAAGGAUUUCCUAGGAUGGCGAAACAAGGCUAAUAUUCUGGAAAUCCUUGUCUUAGACUCUGUGAAAGGAUUCUGUGGAACUGUAACAACCCUUCAUGUGGAUUAUUGGACUCUAAGAACAGACAGGUGGAAUAGAUACUUAUACAUGUAUGGACCUUAUUCAUGAACUGACUAGAGAAUGAACUGCUUCACUGGGUCUUCUGCUUUCUUCAUUGAACUUUAUGAGACCUCUGUUGAAAUCUACAAAUCGAUACAAUGAAUAGUAUACCCUAUUUAUUCAAAAGUACAGCCGGUUACGUCUUGUGUGUUUAUUGAGUAUGUUUCACGUAACCAUAGGUUUGUUGUUGUUGUUCUUAUGUGCUGAUAUGAGUACAGUGGUACCUUGGUUUACCAUAGUUGUAAACCAAAACAGGUCGUAACCCAAGGCGCGCUUUCGCCAAUGGGGCCUCCAAAAAAUUUUGUUCGUAAUCCAAAAAAAGGUUGCAAACCAGGACACGCACUUCCGGGUUUGACAUGUUUGUAAUCCAAAACGUAUGCAAACCAAGUUACCACUGUACUUUCAGUUGAACUGUAUCCCAGUGUUUACAUUCCACACCAGUGGCUGGUGCUUGAAAGGAUGUAUUUGUACUCUGUACCCCUCAAUUAGUAUACCCCUAUCCUCCCUGGUCUAAGUUUUCUAAAUAAAACCACAUUGACUGAGUUAACUGUUGUGGCACUAUUCUUGGGGGAAGUGUCCACUUACAUGCUUGUUUCUUUGCUGUUUUCUCCCCUUGUGCAGAAAUUGGAUGACUGUGUCUGCAAGUCUGGGACCAGUAUCCCCUUUCCCCUCCUUAAAAGGAGGCUUUGGCAAAAGCAAUGAGACAGACUUCAACCCAGUAUCAUGAGGAAAAAACCCCAGAGACGAUUCCAAGUUGGAUCUCAUUCACUGUGUGUGUGUUAUGGAACUGAUGCCAGUUUGUCUCCGUGUCACGAUGACAUUUCUAUCAUUUACCCCUCCCUGUUCAAACUUUUGUUCCCUCUUUUUCCCGGAGACAUAUUUAUCUUGGCUUGAAAGACAUGUCCUCUUGUUGUAGCUCAGCCUGUUGUUUCUAUUGACAUGUGGGAGAGCCAGGCCAUUCCUUGUUUCUACUGCAGCCCACAGAAUCUGUCUUCACAGGUUCUUGGUUUGAUGAGAAGUCUCAUCUCUGCAGACCUGACAGCACAGAAUACUUCCCCAGAAAGGAUAUGCAAUUUAUUUUCAGGGGAGUGAGAAGUUCUGAGUGUGCUUUUCCUGUGUGCAGGGUGUCUGGAAGGAAGUCGAUCUGGCGUUCAGCAAUGUCUGCAAAGCUCAAGGUUCCCCACACCUGUUUGAGAUGUUUGUCUGUGUUUAAUUUGCAGACAAAUACUGCAACCCGACCCUUCUGAUCCGAAUGGAGGGCAAUGGCACCAGCACCCUUCCUGCUGGUGGACAACCAACUCAGUGGUGGGAUGCUCCGAGCAUUGUGGGGUUGGUCAUCUUCAUCCUCUGCACAUUCUUCAUAAGGUAGGAAUCCAUAUUCAUUUAGAAACCAAACUCAUCUAACUUAUUAGGUGUCUUGAAGGCCACGUUCUGCCCGGGGGCCUAAGGUUCUUCUGCUCUGCCAUAGGCCCCUGGUAUGGAGAAUAGAGAGUUAGAUGGUUCAAAGGACUGAUUUUAAUAUGAGGCAUCUUAAUACAUGUGCAAAUGGUACCUUGGUUCUCAAACUUAAUCCGUUCCAGAAUUCCGUUCCAAAACUGGAGCGUUCCAAAACCAAGGCACACUUUCACAUAGAAAGUAAUGCAAAAUGGAUUAAUCCCUUCCAGACUUUUAAAACCAACCCCUAAAACAGCAAUUUAACAUGAAUUUUACUUUCUAACGAGACCAUUGAUCCAUAAAGUGAAAGCAAUAAUCAAUGUACUGUACUAUAAAAUAAAUAAGACAGUAUUGUGGAUGAUAAAAAUUAAAAUUAAUUUAUUUUCUUACCUGCACUGAUGAUAGUCAUUGUUUGGAUGGGGGGCUUUUAUCCAUUUCCGCAGUCACACAAUCAAUCCAUCAGUAGCUGAAUUGGGUUCCACACAGUCACAAAAACAAAAUUACCAAAAAAGCCUCAAAAACAAAAACGCAAAAUAAAUAGAAAGCGCCAUACUUAAUUCGUUCUGGAAGUCCGUUUGACUUCCAAAAUGUUCGAAAACCAAGGCGCAGCUUCUGAUUGGUGCAGGUGCCCCUGAAAUAACAGCCGACAGCCGCAUUGGGCAUUCAGCUUCUGAAAAACAUCUGAAAACUGGAACACUUACUUCCGGGUUUCUGGUGUUUGGGAACCAAGGCAUUUGAGAACCAAGGUACCACUGUAGAACAUAAGUGGAGAAAAAGAGUAAGAAUUUCUGCCAAUCACUUUAUUUGCUACCCCACAGUAGACAGCUAGAUAGAGGCAUCUGUAAUGUCUGUGGCAGAGUCAUUCCUUGACCAAGAACAGGAUUCUAAGCUGCUGUGGUUUAAACAUAGACUACUCCACCCCAGGGCUUACAAAGUAUUGCAGAAGGAAGACCACUCUAUAUAGCUGUGAGCGAGGAAGUACUCUAGAACAAGCCUCUGUGUCUGACAAGCAUAGCCUCAGCUCACAUCCUUAUUUCUAAGAGUCCCAGGCUUCUGAACGCUUUAGACCUUGCACAUCAGCCUUUCUGAGCCUAUUCUACUUUAUGUAUAUUCUGCCUAAAGGAGAGCACCCAGAACUGGUCGCUUGCUGAUCUCGCACAUGAUAGACUCAAAGUACAUUGAGCUUAUGUUAGCUUCCAGUCUCCCCCUGCUGGCAAUGAGUAAUAAAUCCCUUCCCCUGUUAACUGAAGAAAAGCUGUGCGCACAGCUGUCUAUAAACAUACCGUAACAUUAUACAGUCAUACCUUGGGUUACAGACGCUUCAGGUUGCGUUUUUUGGGUUACGAACCCACCGAAACCCGGAAGUACCGGAAUGGGUUACUUCCAGGUUUUGGUGGUUGCGCAUGUGCAGAAGUGCUAAAUCGCGCUUUGCGCAUGUGCAGAAGCACUGAAUCGCAACCCACACGUGCGCAGAUGCACCGCUGUGGCUUGCGGCCACUGCGGGUUGUGAACGUGCAUCCUGCACGGAUCAUGUUUGCAACCCGAACGUCCAGAUAUAUAUAUAUAUUCAGGCACAUAGUGGUGUAUGCAUAUGCACUCAAAACAGCACCGAAAACAUAGCGAGGGACGAAGGGGCAUGCAACUGACAUUCUUCUCCUUGCUUUACCUACAGCAUCCGCUCCUCGGACCACGUCGAAGUGAACAGGAUGAUGCUGACGGAGGAGAGCCCAGCUAUGAUUGAAGGGGGCAAUGCUGGCUUUGAAGGCGAGGCGCGCCGGGCUUAUGACAACGAAGAGGAUGGAGUGACGUACAACUACACUUUUUUCCACAUCUGCCUCUUCCUGGCCUCCCUCUACAUCAUGAUGACGCUCACAAACUGGUACAGGUGAUUGCAACUGUCGCUCCCUGCAGGAGGAUGGAGCAGAAUUAUUCUCUGUUUGCUCCCAAGGGCAGGAGCAGUGCCUGGUGGGUGGAAAUCUACAGGAAAGCAGACUUUGGGGAAACGCUGAAAGAAAAUAGCAUGGCACAUUGUUUAGUGUGGCACUUUGGAACUCCCUGCCUGUUUAUAUCGGGCUGAUGCCUUCACUGUACUCUUUUUAACACCUGCUAAAAGCGCUUUUGUUUAAACAAGCCUACUCAGGUGCUUAGAAAGUUGACGUGAAUUUUAAUUUGUUUUCGCUUUUAAUUUUUUCAACGUCUUAGCAUGAUAGUUGUCAGUUCUUCUUAUUUAUAAUUUUAUUGUGUUAUCUUUUAGGUAAACCGCUUCGAGGUUUGUUGUUUUUUCAAUCAAGCAGUGUAUAAAUUUGAUAAAAAAUAUAAUAAAUAAUAAAAUAGCAGAGGCGUGCAUAUCCACCUCUAAUCCAGGCCCAAUAUGGCACUUCAGAACUGUUCUAAUUUGGGGGUUGACCAAACCUUGAUCUGGGCACCAAAUCGAUGUUGAACCAACUCCAAGGUUUUAUUAGGGUUUUAAACUGGGGCAACCCAAAGCUUUCUCCACCUGAUCUGGCUCAAUAUCUGGGUUUCUGCUGGAUAAGUUGGACAGCCCCAGAAAAUGAGAAACAGAGAGCAGACUGUUUAGAGAGGUGGCGGGUUCUCCUUUGCUGGAGGUCCUUAAGCAGAGGCUGGACGGCCAUCAUGUCAGGGAUGCCACUGUUGCAAGAUCUGCAUUGUAGAUCUUACAUUGAGGAAGAGAUGGCCUAGAAUGCUUCCAAUGACGCUUCCAUGUUAAUUCUCUGGUCUGGUUCCUUCCCGGUUGAGAUUACUCAGAUGCACUGAAGGUGAGGCUGCAUUUUGAAGACCCUUUGGAAAUGCAGGAUGUGGCUGGCUGGGUUUUGCCAGCCUGUGCACAUUUUGUUGGCAUAGUUUUUAUUUUAUUAUCUCAUUUCACCUAUUUAUAGCCUACCUUUCUCCCAAGUUGGGAUUCAAGGCAAGCUUGCAACAUUUUAAAAAUAUGAUUAUAAAAUGCAAAGGAAGGAAAACAGGCUAGUUUUCAGAAUAGUUAAAUUGCAAGGAAACACAUUAAAAUACCAGUUGCCCCCAUAGCAGCCUGGGGGUCAACAUCAUUUCCAUCCAGCUGCCAAAGACCUAUCUAAUUAAGAAGCAAAAUUUCAGCAGGGCAUCCCUAAAGUAAAAGAAAGAGAGAGAAAUGAACACACACACACAGGUGGAACAGAUAGAAUUUCCUAGGCUUAUGGGGUAUAUAGAAAUUGGUCUCCUCUUCUUCUGAGAGUUCUAGUGUUCUGCUUUGCCCACUACUGUUGCCUAGGUAACAAGGAUGGAGCAUCAGUUCUCCAAGAUCAAGCACUUUUUUUUUUUUUUGGUGAGGAGGAAGGAGAGAGUGACCCCCAUGAAGUCUAGAGGAGCAGAUGGGAAGAGUUGCCUAUGCAUGUGCUCCAGGGAGAAGCCGUUGUGAAACAGCCCUCCCCCCGCCCCCCGCUCGCUGCAGAAUCCCUGCUUGGAGUUUUCAAACUCUGCCUUGCUUGACUGUACACCCAUACCUGGUGCCCCUCCCAUUCCCAGUUGUGAGCACCUGACUAUUUAUAGCCCAUGACUCACUGCCAUCGCACCAGGCAUGACCUGUACUCCUGCCAGUGUGUUCUGCAGUGCCUUCGCUCUGAACGCUUCGUUGUCUUGGUGAGAUUGGCAGCACGGUGGAAGCUGGUCUAUGACAGCAGACGUCUCUCCCGAAACCCCCCUCCUUCCACCCUCUCCAGUGCUCGGUUUCUGAAUGAAAACUGACUCGAGAGGGUUUUUCUGGGAUCAUUUGCAAGGACAGGCGUAGAAAGCAACUGCAACCAUGAGGCAGCAAGCAAAGCACGAAGACACAGCUUGCCACAAGUGCUUCGUGGAGGAAAGAAGGGGCUCCUGGCUCUCCUCUAACAGAUAAAAGGCAGUAGAUGUAGAUGGAUAGAUAGAUAGAUGAUAGAUAAUUUAUUAUGGUCAGAGACCUGUUUAUAAAACACACUUGGGGGUACAAUCACAGAAGGAAAACAAUUAAAAAAAUUACAACAAUAAAUUUAAAAUUUAUAAAUGCGAUAAGUGUAUAGACACUUAAAACUUUAAGAUAAGCUACCGCAGAGAGAUGACCCUGAGUCACCCAUGGAACCAAGUUUGGGGAUUUUCUUAACGAGCUAGUUUCAGUCGGGGGAUGGUCUGCACCUACAGAUCUGUACACAGAAUCUGGCGACCAUCUGGGUUGUCUUAUGAUCUUUGCCUAACAGGAAAAGGUUGAAUUUUUGCUUUUCCGGGAGGUCAGCGAGCCUCACCAGUAGGGGAUCAAUGGUCUUACUACAUGCCUCUUCACAAAAGGGACAUCUAAAGAACAAGUGUUCUGGGCUUCCUAUAUCCCCCAAUGAACAGGCGCAAAGUCUCUGAACAUAUGGGACUUUUUAAAAGCUCCUUUCAGGACCGGCGAGGGCAGCAGAAGAAAGUACUUCUUCACACACUUAAACUGUGGAACUCCCACAGGAGGCAGUGUUGGCCACCAACUCAGAUGGCUUUAAAAGAGGGCUGGUCAGAUUCAUGGAGGAGAAAGCUAUCAAUGGCUAUUAUGCAUGUUUGGAGGCAGUCAUAUUUCUGAAUCCCCAUUUCUGGAAACCACAGGACGGGAGUGUUGCUCUGGUCCUGCUCACAGGUUUCCCAUGGGCAGCCAUUGUGGGAACAGGAUGCUGGACUAGAUGGGCCAUUGGCCUGAUCCAGCAGGUUCUUCUUCUGUAUUUACGUUAAUUCUAAAGGCCUAAACUAAAUUGUCAUAGUAUGCAAUGGCAUAGUAUGCAUAGGCCUAGUAUGCAAUGUUAGGGACGCGGGUGGUGCUGUGGGUUAAACCACAGAGCCUAGGACUUGCCGAUCAGAAGGUUGGCGGUUCAAAUCCCCGUGACGGGGUGAGCUCCCGUUGUUUGGUCCCUGCUCCUGCCCACCUAGCAGUUCGAAAGCACGUCAAAGUGCAAGUAGAUAAAUAGGUACCGCUCCAGCAGGAAGGUAAACAGCGUUUCCAUGCAUUGUUCUGGUUCGCCAGAAACGGCUUAGUCAUGCUGGCCACAUGACCCGGAAGCUGUACGCUGGCUCCCUUGGCCAAUAAAGCGAGAUGAGCGUCGCAACCCCAGAGUUGGUCACGACUAGACCUAAUGGUCAGGGGUCCGUUUACCUUUACCUUAUGCAAUGUUACCAGAGGCAGAGAAUGCAAAAGUUGUCCAGAAGAUAAAGAACAAUUUGGAUUUUUAUAUCCCUUCUUAAAUAGGUCAAUGGUGGAGUUCGGCGUUAGGAGUUGUCUGAUGGAUCUGGGCUUUCUGCAAAGCUGCUGUUGUGUUCUUUGUAUUUGGGGGACUUGUAAACAGUAUUGCAUCAGCUCCCUAUCUAGAUAGCAGCUGCAGUCCAGCUGUGCACAGAUGCUGCCUUCAUUUUUUCUUUUAAAAAAAUGUUCAACCGUGCACAGGAAGAAUACAAGAAUAAUGUGAGCUAUCCACGAUGGGCUUCAUUCAGGAGGAGGGGGGCAGGAUGUACAGCCUGCUGAAGGCCACAUCGCUCACUGUCCCAAGUGUGUAGAACUCAGGGGUUGCCAGUGUUUUGGAGCCCGUGCUCAUGUUUGCAAACUGGAGAAAGCAUCGUGGCCAUUGCUGAAGCCUGUGCACACAAACCUUCUUCCCCGCCAGCAAAAGUGUUUGCUUUUCUUCAAGCUGGUGUGAGAGAGACUGAGAAACAGAGAUCUUUUGGGAACAUGCAGCUGGGGAGCUAAGGGCUGUGUCCAAGGAACUGCUGACACGUUCCUCUUCCGAGCACCUUCAUUUGCAAUGUGUGCCUGAACACUUGGAAGCGGAAACUGUGUAGAUACCUCUUGGAGAGCCAGCAAGAAGACCCAGGGUUCCAAUCCCCACUCCACUGUAAAACCCACUGCGUGACAAUGGGUCACUCAUUCUCUUUGACUAGCCUACCUCACAGGGUUGUUGUGAGGACCCAGUUACUGGGAGGGCAGGGAAACCCAUGAUGUAUAUCUGCACUUGAGAUGGGACAUGGUUGGCAAGUGAUGGCAAGGCUGAUGCAGGAUGCAAUAUUUUUCAAUCUUAUCUUAAUCCAGAUACUUGAUUUGUUUCUGUGUUCUUUCCUCAGACCUGAAGCAAACAACCAGGUGCUGACCAGCCCCUGGACUGCAGUCUGGGUGAAGAUUUCUUCCAGCUGGGCUGGGCUUCUCCUGUACGUCUGGACUUUGGUAGCCCCCAUUGUGCUUCCAGAUCGCGACUUCAGCUGAAAGCUGUCUGUAGUGCCACACCGUUUGUGCUAUGCAAAGAAGAAGUGUGUCUUGCUAUGAUGAAGGGGUUAACAAAGGAGACUCUUCGUUCCUUUACUUGAAAUGUGGGCUCUGGUCCGAAUGGGCACCGAAACUGUCCACGCAAUCCCUUUUUGCUCUUUCAGCAUCUAAGCAGAUCUGCCACACUUGUGCCUUCGCCUGUUUCUUUUUCUCAAAGAAUAUGUUAAACAAAGGAAAUGGGUCCACUUGUGUGUGAUACUUGACACAUAUGUCAUUAUGGUUUUCUUUGCUGGGGGAGGGGGCAGUACAGAUUAGGUUGCUGCUACUCAAGAUGACCUCUAAGCAUGUUGCAAAAGGCCCUAAAGGAUGGCCAACCAGUUAUUUUUCUAAAGAAUGCUCAGCAUGAGAAUAACUUUGAAUGUCUCUGUUUAAAGGAACCCUUUUGCCAAUUUGCCUUAUUGCAAGAAUACCUCUUUGUUUUGGAUAAAUUUGUUUAUUUUGAUAUGCAACUUUGUGUAACUUGGGAGUUUUCAAUAAAUGAGCAGACUUGGGCAUAAAAUAUA